CGCACUCGCUCCCUUUCUCGUGCCAAUAACAAUCAUUGAAAACGAACAGCAAUCCCCGAAGAUUGUUACUUCAUCAGGCCUUUAUUUCCAACAAAUCGAGCCGAACAUGGCAGAAUUACGCCACCGAGGAGCGACGGAUAAAGAACCGCAGCAUCAAAACUUGGAGGAUAAGGGCUCUGAAACCGAGGGAAAGGAGAGAGACGGAGCCUCGGACAAUGAGACCAAGUCAGACUCUGGGGUCCCUGAGGUUCCUGUUUCUGCUGAUGACACACCAGAGGUUCUCAACAAAGCCCUCUCUGGCCUCUCCUCGCGAUGGAAGAACUGGUGGGUGAGGGGCAUCCUCACGCUGGCUAUGAUCUCCUUCUUCUUCAUCAUUAUUUAUCUCGGCCCGAUGGUGCUGAUGAUGAUUGUGCUGUGUGUUCAGAUCAAGUGUUUCCAUGAGAUCAUCACAAUUGGUUACAGCGUCUAUCACUCUUACCACCUGCCCUGGUUCAGAACACUAAGCUGGUACUUCCUGUUGUGUGUGAACUACUUCUUCUAUGGUGAAACGGUGGCAGAUUAUUUCUCCACACUGGUGGAGAGGGAGGAUUCUCUACGCAUCCUCAGCAAAUACCACCGCUUCAUUUCCUUUGCCCUGUACCUCACAGGGUUCUGCAUGUUUGUUCUGAGCCUGGUGAAAAAACACUAUCGCCUGCAGUUCUACAUGUUCGGCUGGACUCAUGUGACCUUACUGAUUGUGGUGACUCAGUCCCACUUAAUCAUUCAUAACCUGUUUGAGGGGAUGAUCUGGUUUAUUGUGCCCAUCUCCUGUGUUAUCUGUAAUGACAUCAUGGCUUACAUGUUUGGCUUCUUUUUCGGUCGCACCCCUCUCAUCAAGUUGUCUCCUAAGAAGACGUGGGAGGGGUUUAUCGGUGGCUUCUUCUCCACUGUUGUUUUUGGAAUCCUACUGUCCUACGUGAUGUCAGGUUACCGCUUCUUUGUGUGUCCUGUGGAGUUUAACAAUGACUCCAACAGUUUCACAGUAUACUGUGAGCCAUCUGAGCUCUUCCAGCUUCAGGACUACGGUCUGCCGCCUGUCCUGCAGUCCAUCACGGGCUGGACCACAGUGAAACUGUAUCCAUUCCAGAUCCACAGCAUUGCCUUGUCAGCAUUUGCCUCCAUCAUGGGACCUUUUGGAGGGUUUUUCGCCAGUGGCUUCAAAAGGGCAUUCAAAAUUAAGGACUUUGCAAACACCAUUCCAGGUCAUGGAGGAAUCAUGGAUCGUUUCGACUGUCAGUACCUCAUGGCCACAUUUGUAAAUGUUUACAUCGCCAGCUUUAUAAGAGGGCCAAACCCUUCUAAAGUCAUCCAGCAGCUCCUUGCUUUGAGACCAGACCAACAGCUGCACAUCUUUAACUCGCUCAAGGCUCAUCUGACAGAGAAAGGCCUGCUCCCUGCCCUGGAAGCAGCAGCCUAGCUUUCCGGACCACGGGAGAUGAGAUGAGAUGAGAUGAGAUGAGGAACACAAGGAGGGAAACAACGGAGAACUGAACCACAACCUUGGGUCAUUCCAUUUUCUGUGUGUGUACAAUUCAGUGUUUUUGCUUAUUUUAUUUUUGUGAAUGUUUCAUGUUUAUCUCUUACACCACAAAAGAAUAUUAUAUAUAUUAAGAUGACGUCGUUGUUACAGUUUCUUCGAGCUGUCCGAUUCCACUUGUGUACAAAUGUUCUGUGCCUAUAGAUGGUCUGAAUAUUUUAUAGUGUUCGUUAUGUUUUAUUUUGUUUUAAUGCACUGCUCAUCACACUGUCAUUUCAACCUCAGGCUAGUCUUUGUUUCCAUAUUCCAUCAUAGUCUCAAAAAAGAUUGUAUUUCCACUGCAUAGUGCCGUAUUCAUAUUUGUUUUCAUGUUCUUGGGUUUUGAGGUUUAUGUCACGUUAUAUUUAAGAGAAUUGUGGUCAUUGCUAUUAAAUGUGUGCUUCAGCCCCGUCGGUGGUGACUGUUACAGUUCAGCUGUGAGACUGUAUUCAGAUCUCAAUAUUCAGCGUUUGAGAGGAAUUUUAUUUCACAUCAGACUAGAAUUUGAAGUUUAUUACAAAGAAACGGUCCCUGUAAGCCAAACAAAUAGGAAGUAACUUUAAUAAGAAUUACAUUGUCAGUAGUUAAUAAUAAUUGUUACUCCGUGACCAUUUGGAGAUGUGACAAAACGCACUGAAUGUUUAAGAAUUACUGUUUGUGGUCUAAAUCAUACUUUUAUCAUUUUUAGUUUUAUUUUAAUGUUCUGUUGUCACUAAGCAGUUACAAGCUGAUCUUAGUCAAGCUUUGUGUGUGUGUGUGUGUGUGUGUGUGUGUGUGUGUUGUUUUGGUGCGUGUUUGUGAUCUGUUACAUGCUAAAGGGGAAGGAUCAGGGUGGACCAUAAAAUCUCACUGACUGUGUUGGUUUUGAAUUCAUUCAGUUUUGUACCAUUUUCACUGCAUGAGACAGUGUCUCUUUUAUUUUAUAUCUGUAUUUCAUCAGUUUUGUUUUUACCAUCACCUGCGGUGUAAACAACCAAAAGAGGGUCAGAACUACAGUGUGUUCUCUUUAGUUAAGGUAUUUUGUUCCCCUCUAAUAUGUGCUGUCAUGAACACCUGUGCCAUAAACAAUAUUUUAAGAAAAUGAAACCUUAAUGGGUGUCAUCGAGCAGCUUUAAAAAGAGAAGUGUUAACAGGCUCAAGUUCACAAUCUGUACAAACAGUCCACUGCCAUACAACAAUAAAGAUCCAUGAGCUAUACUUUCAGACCUGUGUGUAUUUGACAAUGCUGAUGAACUGAUGGGCAAUUCAUAUUUUUACCCUUUUGUUUUGAAAUCUUAUUUAGCAUGUUUUCUUAGAUGCCCACAGGUCUUGAAGGAUAAAUAGGCAGCUUAUAAACACCUUAGUAAUUUUUGUCUUGCUUUUAUUUAUAUGAUCUUGAUGGACAGCUCAAGCCAUAAUAUCUCAAGUGAAGCACAGAGCAGUGACAUAACAAUAAUAAACACAGCGUCACAGCUGAAGAAUUAUGACCAUAAAUCCAUGUGUUUAAAUGUUUAACCCUUUGUGUUUUCACCAUCCACCAUCAAUUAAUGUUUUUAAAAAAAAAUUUAUUCCAUAAACAAAACUUAAGUGUUAAGUGGUGCUUAAAGAUAUUUAAUACAUUAUGAGUUUGUGUUAUUGUACCUUUUUAGUUCAGCUCAAUGUCCUGAUUUUAUAGAGAGAAUUGCAUACAUUAUAUUGGAAUAUAAAAUAUAUACUGUAUAUUUAUUUGAUGAAGAGAUGAUUCUAUUCUUAUUCUUUACUAUAUGUGAAUGGUCCUCUAAGCCACCCAGUGCUCUGUGUGUAUAGGCCCCUGUGCUGAAUUCCAGAUGUGAAAAGAGCAAUUGCAAUGUUUUAUAAUCAACAGAGAGAGUUAUAAACCAGUCAUGUUGCUGGCCGACCACUGAUGUCAGGAGAGACAUGCGUUUGAGUGCGGUGACCAUAACAUUUUUUAACGACGCACAUUUAUCAAAGUCUACAAUGCGUGUUAAAUAUUUAGCUCUUGUUUCUGUGUUGGUAUGUUAAGAGGUUGAGCAAGUUAGAUACAUGCCAGAUCUCUAGAAUCCUGCGCGUGCCAUUCAUAGCCACCAGAGGGCGCCAAAUAUCCGUUUUCUCCCCCAGUGUUUUUGGGAAUGUGUGUGGCAGGCUACUUUUACGCUGUUGAGUUGCCGUAACCAAAAUAGCGUGAUAUUUAUUACCUGCAUGCGAAUUCCACUAGGGUAAUCCAACCAAAAAAGCUGUAUUUUACUCCCUGGGACGAGUGCUAUUGCAUCGGGACUAGCCUAUCAUUGUUCAUUACAAUGUUUUAGACGUUUUUCGCUGCCUCACUUCUGUUUUUCGCAAACACAGCCACGACACAUUAUCCUUCUUAGAAAGUUUACUAAUGUUAGCAACUGUCUAAUGAGGUGUCAGAUAGAAACUGAAUGUGGGGUGAAGUUGUGCUGUAUGUGUCUGGCGAUUUAUUCAUGACCAUUUAAGUAAAAACAGAAAUGUUAAACCCACUCAAACGUGUUAAACACUGGGUUUGCCACUGAGAAGAAGAAAACAUCUCUAUUGAACAAAUGAACAACAACAGUGUGAUGUUAUGUGUAUUCAAGUAUUAUGGUUUGCAUUUCUGUUGUAUUUUGUUUUGUAAUUUUUGAUAAAGCAGAUAAAUGUGCUUUCCCUGGAGCUUUGUGUACAGUGAUUUGCUCAUUUGUAAACGUUUAAUAAAGAGGAAAGCUCAUGUAUAUGUAA